AAGAUAAAGUAAAAAUAAAUAAACAAAAUGCUUGUAAAUACAACAACAACAACGACAUCUUCAUCGGCACCCACGCCGGGCUCAUCGUCAUCGACCAGCAAUACAUUGGAACCAUCACCGCAAACAUUGCCAAGCGCAAAUAAUUCCCGCCCACCAUCACGCGCCCCCUCCAUUCUUGAUAGUCCAACUCUGGCACGUGUGGAACGUGCACGCCUGAGAUUGGAGGCAUCAAGCCAUCAGCAACUGCAUCACCAAUACAACAGUUGCGGUAUCGGUGGUGGCGGUAGCGGUAGCGGUGGCGGUGGUGGCAGCAAUGGAAAUAGCAUUGCAACAACCAUGAAUCGUGAAGACAGUCUGGAACGCAGCAUAUUGGAUCCAAAGAAAGACGUACCUUGGCAUCAAGUCUGGACACAUAUGAAACGCCUAUCACAUGCCUCUAAGGUGAACUCAACGAACACAUUAACCGCACAUAAAACCGAUGUCGGCUCGGGGAAGUCUAUAUUAUUUCCGGACAAGACAGCAUCACUUAAGGAUGCUUUAUAUGCGAAACAGCAACAACAUCAGAUCUUCAUACGCCCCGAUAUGCAAUCACUGUUAGCUGGACGCAUUCCGGUUGCCUCAAUGACUGGUCCAAUUAAACGCGGCCUUCUAUGGCAACAACGAGACCGUCUGUUUUCACGUUGGAAAGAAAGAUAUUUUGUACUAACACGUGACUAUCUGCAUUGCUUCAAAAGAGCAUCAGGUUCAGCAAAUGAACGUGCCUCUGACAUGGGACAAUUUAUAUUUAAGGUUAAAUUGGUUGACGUUGAAAAGGUGGAGUGGCUAAAUCGCCGUUCCUAUAGCGCCAUUGGCUUGUUAUUAGGCCGUGAAGGAAGAGUUUUAUUACGUUGCGACGAUGGCCUCGAAGACUGGUAUGAACUUUUAGAGGAAUGUACUUUAACUUCUAAAGAGCGUCGACGUGCCUUAAAAAUUGCACAAGGGCCUCGUUCUCGUGCUUCAUUGGCCGCGCCAGUUUCACAUGCUUCAUUGCAAAAUCAUCACUUCGGCCUGGGCGGGACAUAUUCGAGUGCUUUUGAUGAUUGGUUAAUGACGAGUGGUAGUGGCGCAGGUCGAUUAAAGCUAGGCACUGGCAGUGUAAGCGGUUUCGCUGGCAAUAAUCCAUUUCUGUUCUCUGAUUCAGUGCCAGAUUUAAGUGCUUUAAAUAACGAGAAUCAGAAUCAUAUAAGUGGCAUGUCCACAAAUCAUUCAACACCACAGAAAAUACCCUACUCUUCAGCAAAUAACGCAAAUUUAAGUCGCUAUUCUAAUGGUUACUCAUCACAGAACAGUUCUUUCUCCAAUUGCACCGGCUUAUAUGGUUCACCACGACGCAUAUUUAUUAACAGCAGUUUCGGUUCCAAUCAUGUUGUUGAUGAGGAAGCUGAAGAUGGGGAAGUACUGUUAAGACGUCCACGAAUUUCUCGCAACAACAAUACCGAAAAUGGAAAUGAACUGGAUCGUGACUGGUUGUAUCGGAAACCCAGAGCACCUACUGACAUGCGUCACUCUGUGCAACCAAUGCUAUCAACAUCUACUAAUGGAAAUGGUAUCAACAAUGCUAACCAUAGUCAUCAAGCCGAUUUGGACUAUUCGGCACAUGACAGCGGACUUGAUACACCUCCAUCUACACAUCGCCCGUCCAGCUAUCGAGAGUUGAAUCAUGCUUCGCCCCGCGAUUCUAGUGAGACUACAGUUAGCUCAUCACGUGGUACUUUGUUAAAUUCGCCAGGCGGCAGUUUUCGUACUAAGCAAUUGAACCACGUUACCAAUUUGAAUCACGUAAAUGCAUUGCAUAGCUCACGUUACAGCGUACAAGAGCGCAUACUCAAGAUACGUAAUGAAGAGGAUCGUUUUGCUUCUAUAAAAUCUUCAAAUCGUAUCAACCAAAACGAAUUAUAUGAUCCGAACCAAAAUCGUUAUUUUAAGAAUGGCAGUCAGUCUCCCGCUUUAACACCACAACAUACACCAAUCAAAAUGCAACCAAAUCAUGCUCAGGUUCAUAUACAUAAUGGCAAUGGUAAUAAUAAUAGCCCAAAUCUUAACGGCAAUGCUCCAAUAAAUGGUUCGGCUAUUUUUCGUGAACGCUACCAACAUCCUGCGCUGGCAGCUAUUAUUAAUGAAUCCCAAGGCAUGAAAUUUAGAGAUCGAUCAUAUUCCGAUUGUCAACAGUUGCCGGCUCGACGCAGCAGUAACAACAAUGUAUCUCCAUUAACCACAAGACGCAAUAAUACUCCCAUUUUCGGUACACCUACUCGCGUAUAGCGGUUAAAGAUCUAAAGCUACGUUGGAAUUACUUAAAGGAAGGCGUUACUUUAACAAUAAUUAAUAUAAAUUUAUUUAAUUAAAUGAAAGGAAUAAAACAGGUUUU